UUUUUUUUUUAAUAAAGGGAAAUAUGGUUUCAGGCUUAUUUUAUCAAACAGUUAAAAGUCAAUAUUCUAGAGCAGCCAUUUCACGACCUCGUUAUAUAUCUACACUAACCAACACAUCUUUCUUCUCUGAUGAACCAUCAAGGCCACACGUAAUAACACCUAUUCCUGGUCCAAAAUCAAAGGAAAUCAUAUCUAAACUCAAUCAAUAUCAAGAUACACGAUCUAUCUUUUUUAUUGCCGACUUUAGUAAGUCAAAAGGAAAUUAUAUCGUUGAUGCGGAUGGAAAUACGUUAUUAGAUGUCUUUGCUCAAAUUGCUUCUAUUCCUAUUGGAUAUAAUAAUCCUGUAUUUUCAACUCUUUCUCAAGAUCCUGCUUUUCAAAUAGCAUUAUCUAACAGAGCUGCAUUAGGAGUCAGUCCUAAUAAAGAUUGGAUAGAGUCCAUUGAAAAGGCAUUUAUGACAGUAGCUCCUAGAGGAAUGACAAACGUUUUCACUGUCAUGUGUGGCUCAUGCGCAAAUGAAAAUGCAUUCAAGACUGCUUUCAUGUACAAGGCUGCAAAAAGAAGAGGGGAUCGAGAAUUUAGUUUGCAAGAAUUAAGUUCAUGUAUGAAGAAUGAAGCCCCUGGAUCAGCUAAUGAUUUAUCUAUUUUAAGUUUUACUCAGGCCUUUCAUGGUCGCUUAUUGGGUUCCUUAACAGCUACGGCUAGCAAAGCUAUUCAUAAAAUCGAUAUUCCUGCCUUUGACUGGCCAAAGGCAACAUUUCCUCAAUUAAAGUAUCCAUUACAGGAUCAUGUGGAGGAGAAUUCAAGAAUAGAAGAAGAAUCUUUAAAGGAGGUAGAGGAAUUAAUUGUGAAUGCGAAGAAACCUGUGGCUGCUGUGAUUGUUGAACCCAUUCAAGCAGAAGGUGGUGAUAAUCAUGCUUCACCUAACUUUUUCAGAAAACUUCAAGAAAUCUGUCAAAAAAAUGACGUUUUAUUGAUUGUGGAUGAAGUUCAAACAGGUGUGGGUGCGACGGGUACAUUUUGGGCACAUGAAGCUUGGCAUUUACCUGACCCCCCGGACAUCGUCACUUUUUCUAAAAAAUUUCAAGCAGCUGGUUUUUACCUCAAUCCUCGUCUUCGUCCUAGUCAACCUUAUCGUCUUUAUAAUACUUGGAUGGGAGAUCCAGUACGUGCUAUGCAAGCAGCUACUAUUGUUCAAGAGAUCAAAGAUAAAAACCUUUUACAAAAUGUGAGAGACGUUGGCCAUUAUUUACAACAAAAUUUACUAGAGUUGCAACAACAACAACAACAAGCAAUGACUGCUACAACAUCUAUUAUCACUCAUGUUCGCGGUCAAGGUAUGUUUAUUGCCUUUGACUUACCUGAUUCAAGUCAACGUGAUUCUUUCUUGUUGAAUAUGCGUCAAAGAGGUAUUCAUAUGGGUGGUUGUGGCGAACAAACUGUUCGUCUUCGUCCCAUGUUGACUUUUCAAAAGCAACAUGCUGAUAUCUUAUUAAAUACUAUGGCUCAAUUAUUGAGAUAGUAUUAUUAUUUGGAGGUAGUGGUCAUUCUCUUUAUCGUCGGAAAUUUAAAAUCAUACAUGAUAAUAAAUACGAUUAAACAUUAUAAAUUAAAAUUUAUAAAGCGCAUAAUAUCUUUGUUAUAUUGGAUUGCCUAGGUAAAGGAAAGGAAGAUCAAGACUUUUACUGUAUUUACAAUUUG